UUACACAACUCUCCAGACUCAGCUGUUCGGUCACCUCAUUUUUGUUUUCCCUGCUUUUAUUUAUAACAAUUGCCCAAAUAAACACAUCGCCAGCAUGGACGCCAAGUAGGGAACACCAUGGAGACGCUGCCAUGUGCCAACCAGCUGCAGGAGCACCAGCAGCCGCAGCAGCAGCUCGUGAAUCUCAGCAUAGACGCGAGUCUGGGCGAGAAUGUGGUCAGCAUUCCCAAGGAGCUGAUCCUCAUCUCGCUGGUCUCCCAGGAGCAGUCGCUCUACAAUCCCAAGCACCCCAACUACCGGAGCACCAAGACCAAGGAUGAGAAGUGGAUGGAGAUCGGCAGCAAUGUGGGCUGGACAGAUGUGCAGUGCAAGUCCAAGUGGAAGGCCAUGAGGGAUCAGUACUGCAGGGAGCUUAAACGCGCCAAAGCCUGCGCCAAAGCCGUCAAGUGGAAGUACUUCAAGGAACUGGACUUCCUGCGUCCAUAUGCGCUGGCAAGGAAUUACAGAGGAAGAUCUGCACAGACCGCCAAUGGCAUAGUCACUACAGCAACACCAAUAUCGCUGCCCCUGAGCACCUCCUUCAGCAGCAACAGCAGUAGCCAGAACCUCAACCUCUCCGGCAGCAUUAAGAUUGAAGAUGCCAGUGCCACUACGCUGCUGGACAACUGCAGCUUUAGCUCGGCCAAUUCAGUUGACAAGAAGCCCGCAGCCACUUUCUUGGCCAGCCAUAUUGGGGCCGUGUUGCACCAGCAGGAACAGCAAUUGCAGUCGCAGCCGGAGAGCAACUGGAACUAUCUGACGGAUGCGGGAGGCGGUGCUACCCCAUCAAUCAUCGUGGAGUGUGGAACCGCCAACUCAACCACUGUAGUGGACACUCUCUACAACGAGUUGGUGGACUGUGUCAAUGCCGCCAAUCAGUCAAACUCAACAGCAACAGUUACUUCCACUGUAUCCGCCACUUCGGCAGCGCACAAUCAAUCGACAAAUGCCGAAGAGGAGGACGACGAUCCCAUACACACCUUCCUAAACAUGGAGAGCUACUUUGAAAAGGAACUGAUCACGCUGAUCCAGCAGGAGGACAUGAUCUACAACUACAGCAACGAGAACUAUCGCAAUGCAAAGCUCAAGAUGGAGGUGUGGGAGGAGAUUGCCAGAAAGCUUAAGAAGUCAGUGAAACAGUGUAGACUGAAGUGGAAGGCUUUAAGGGACCAAUAUGCACGUGAGCACAAGCGACUAAGAACACUCAUGCACAUAGACGCCACUUCGCGUUGGAAGCACUACGACUCGCUCAGUUUCCUGCAAAAGUACAUACAACAAAAGACGCUGGAUGCCGACUCACAACUUAGCAUGCUGUUACCCAAAGGUGACUCGGUACGAGAACUGGAGGAUCACAUGGGCCACUCCCACUCGCCGCCAACGCAGCAAAACACCUUGGAGUCAUCUUCAUCGAGUUCCCAGCUCAACAUGCCCGCUCUGCCUCAUUUGACGGGACCACACAAGGCCGAGCAACAGCAGCAGCAGGAGGAUCACCAACACCAGCAGCAGCAGCAACAGGCCAGUGCGUUGUGUGUGGCCUCCUACGAUGACAUGGACAUCGAGAACUACAUCAACGGAGAUGCACAUCAUGACGAUGAGGAAGAAGAUGACGAUGAUGAGGAGAUGGAAACCACAACGGCGGCGGAGCAAACUCCGCAACAACAAGAUCAGCAUGUUAUGAGUUAUGAGCACGAUGAGGGACCCGUUUAUAUGGCUGUUCAUAGCGUUGGUAGUUCCAUGACCAAACAGGAGCAGCUCAGCGAGGGAGCCUCCAGCCUGGAUCAGCAUCAGCAGCUGCAAUCAACUGGAGAAUAUCAAAAAUUGGAGAUACAGACGCCUACUACUCCUCGCUACCAGAAUGCUGCCACUACCCCUAGCUCCACUUCCACCUCGCGCUAUCACUCGGCACCCAUUACGCCCAACAAGCCCAGCCAUAUGGAGUUUCCUCCCAGCAAUGGCCACAUUUCUGGAGACGAUGAUGAGGUUGGUGCGUUUUUCAAGGCAGUGGCCAUGAAGAUACGUAAUGCUCGGUUGGAGCCGGUGGCUUUUACCGAACUGCAAAUCGAUAUUCUGCGUGUCAUUAACGAGGCACUGAGGAAUCACUAGCACCUCCAGUGACCUCUGGCUUCCUAGAGAAGAAGGAGCUUGAGCGGACCAUCAACGGUUUCAGGGCGAUUUAUUGUAGAUUUUAAGUGUUAUUUCAAAAGUGUUUUUUCUAAUUUCUAGACGAGUUGAUAUUUUUGUAAAUUUCUUUUAAAUUUGUGCGAAAUUUUAAUGCGAAAAUCAGUUGGUUAAGCAGCUCAAAGGCGAAACUUAAAAUGUUACGUGUACAUAGACCAAAAUCCAACAAAAACGUAAGGAAAUAGUGUUUAUUAGCUUAGGAUGAUUCCGGUUUUGACGGAAACGGAACUAAAAAUUUGAACUAUUAUUUAAAUAAUUGUAACCAAAAUCGAUUGUAACCAAUUCGUACAAUGUCAAAGCAAAAAAAAAAUAUAUUUUUAAAGCAACCUUAAA